AUCUCUUCGUCUGUGUCUCUAUUACCUUCGUCCCCUGCUUUUUCUCCUCAAAAGACAAGUACUUAAUUCCUACUUUUUUCCUUAAAAAUAACAGACGUGGUAGUUUCUGACCAAAAAGGACGCAAAAUACUUUCGCCUUUAAGAAUGUAGCAAUUGUUUUACGGGGUUUGGCUAUGCAGGUGAGAGAACUGGAAUCGGAUCCUCUGUUCAAUUCCGGCCGUGGAUCUGCGCUCACGGCCAAAGGAACGGAGGAGAUGGAGGCAAGCAUUUUGGACGGAAACAAGAGAAUGUGCAGCGCCGUAUCCGGCGUAACCACCGUGAAGAACCCCAUCUCUCUUUCCCGUCUCGUGAUGGAAAAAUCUCCGCAUUCCUACCUGGCCUUCUCCGGCGGGGAAGAUUUCGGCUGGGGAACAGGAAGCAAACUCCAUCCUGGUACCGCCUGCGCCGCCGCUAAGGACAGCCAACCGCAGAUGAACGGCCUCCCCAUCAGCUUAUACGAGCCAGAGACAGUUGGGUGCGUGGUGGUCGACAGCGAAGGACGGUGCGCGGCGGCAACGUCCACCGGUGGGCUGAUGAACAAGAUGACUGGAAGGAUUGGCGACUCGCCAAUCAUAGGUGCCGGCACCUACUCGUGUGAUUUGUGUGGAGUAUCAUGCACUGGAGAGGGUGAGGCGAUUAUACGCAGGACCCUGGCGCGGGAAGUGGCGGCGGUGAUGGAGUACAAAGGUUUGAACCUCCAACAGGAGGUGGAUUUCGUGAUAAAAGAGAAGCUGGACCAAGGGUUUGCGGGGCUUAUUGCGGGGUCGAAGAAUGGGUAGGCGGCUUGUGGGUUUAAUACAAAUGGGAUUUUCAGAGGUUGUGCGACUGAGAAUGGGUUCAUGGAGCUCAUGUCGGUGGAUUAUGGGAGUUCUACAGUGUUUGAUCAGAGUUUGAUGUUCAGCUUGUGUUGUACUUGUUUGUUACACAUUCAAGGUGAGUAAAGCAGCCUGUAUUAGAAAUGGAAAAUAAUAAAAUAAGACUUUCUAA